AAAAACAUUUGUCCUUUAUCGAUUAUAUUAGGUAAAUAAAUUCAAACAGUUUUUAUCAAAGCAGAAAACCAUGGCAACGGCAGAUUGUUGGAAUUAACAAAAAAACUAAACCAUACACUAUUAAUUGUAUGCCACGUCAAAUUUAAUCAUUAUAAAAGAGUAAUUAAAUAAUAAUUUUAAAACAUUGGAAACAUCACUAAAUUUCCUAUAUUCAUUGAGGAAUAAUGCCAAAAAAGAAGAAAAAGGGUGUAGAAAAGGAGAAGAAGGCAAAGAAAAAAUCUUUCAUCAAUGAGAGGGAAACAUUAUCGUUCGAACAACAAAUUUUAGAUAACAAUAGACAGUUGGUCAGACUUCGAUCUCGAAAUGCAGAGCUUGAAAGUGAAAUGGAAAAAGUAAAGGACAAAUAUGAUCAGUUGGAGGAGGAUAGAGCAGAUGUUGUGGCUCACUUAAAGAGAAUUUUAAAUGAAAGAACCUUGGAAGCUCAAGAAUUACAUGAGCAGCUACUGGCUUUCGAUCAGGUUCGUAAAGAGGAACAACAGGCGUUUAAAAAAAGAGAAGAGUCUUUGGAGCAAGAAUUUCGCACAAUGGAAAGUAAUUUGAGUGCUGAAGUGAAACUAGCAGAGGGCAAGCUGAAUUCCUUGGAAGAAUGGAGGAUUGCAAGAUUAGAUUUAAUGAACAAGUUUGAAGAGCAAGAGAAGCAAAUGUCUGAACAAGAGAAAAGCCACAAGGAGACUUUAUAUGAGGCUGAAAAGGAAUUGAUUUUGGGAAAAGCCAAAAUGCAAAUUGAGAUGGAAGAACGUUUAAUUGAAUUGGCUCAAAAAUUUCAAGCAGCAACCACAAUCAGAAUAGCAGAUGAAACUCAUAAAGCUAUCCAAGAAAAUAUUUCCUUGAAUCGAGAAUUGGAUUCAAUUUUUCGCACCUGUAGAGAGUUGGAUUAUCAAAAUAAGGAAUUCAAAGAUCGAGACCAAUUUCUGAGACUUCAAAUUUCACUUUACAAUUCAGAAGCGAAAAUGGCUUUGAAAAAAGUACUCAAGCAAAAUCAAAUUAUUAAUAAGCUUUCGGAUGAUCAUUUAACGAUGAAUUUAAUUUAUGGAAGGGUUCAAAGAGCUGAAGCUCUCGUCCAAAGAAAUGAAUCAUUAAUGGAAAAUUGCAAAAAAAACUGUUGCGACAUGUUCAAAAAAAUACAAACUCUAGAGCAACAUAUUGAAAAGUCAAAGAAAAGUGAAGAGGAAAUUAUGGAAGAAGUAUGCAAGAAUCAUAAGGAAAUUGAAAACCUUGAAACGAUUUUAGAAAGAGCCAAAAAUUGCUUUAAAAAUGCUUUAGAUAUACAAGACGAAAUUUCUGAUGAAAAUGUGUGUUCUUCAUGUCAUUCUGAAGUUAAAGAAAAACUUUUACACUCUCUUCUAGAUAUAUUAACAACUUAUCAGCCCUCUAAAAUGACAAUCAGCAAAACUUCUCUUCAGGAGCGUCCAGAGUCUGUACCUUUAGAUCAUUACAAGCCAGGAAAUUUGGGAUUAUUAAAAUGAGUACACUAUUUAAUGUAUGUUGAAAACUUGCCAAAAUAACCAAAAAUAACACAUCGCACAUCAUAUAUACAUAUUUACAUUCGCUUGUCAAAAUUUUAAAGUCUUGACAAAAAACUCUUGCGUACAAAAUUAUUGUAUGUACAACAAAAAUUCAUCCAUAGUAAAUCAUCCAUAAAUAAUAUGGUUGAUUACAAAAAUAUAGAGAAAGGAAACAUUUCUCUUACAAAGAGUCUUCAAUCUCCCGAUGUUGAAACGAGUGAUCA